UCAAAGGCAGAACUCUUCACAGCAGUGCAGGACAUCUUAACACAAACCACACAAGAGCAACGUCCAGUGAUAUUAAAUCCAACAGAUUGAGGAUGGCAAAAAAUACUUCUGGUGAUAGGAACUAUUCUGGGAUGAAAGCAAUUAACAGAGAUGCUGAAGAGAAGAAUGUCUAUGCCAAUACAGACAAUAUAAACAUUCACAAUCUCUGCAGAGGAACAGAAGAAACCACGAGAAUCCAAACAUCUCAAAACACAGAAAGUGAGACUAUGAGGAUGAGAUGUUACAGAUCAGUUUCAGUGUGUUUGGUGCUGCUGUGUGUUCUUCUACUGACUGCAGUCAUAGUGCUGUGUGUCCUCAUCAAUACAAACAAUCACCAGUUUAACAACAAGAACAAAAACAUCACAGAAGAGAAAGACCAGCUACUAACCAAAUAUACCAAACUGUGGACACAUCUUCAUGAAGGAUGGAUUUAUAGUCACUUCAGUUUGUACUUCAUUUCAUCUGAGAAAAAGAGCUGGACUGAGAGCAGAAGAUACUGUAGAGAGAGAGGAGCAGAUCUGAUCAUCAUUAAGAACAAAGAGGAACAUGAUUUUAUUAAGAAUAUCACUGAUGGGGACAGAUUCUGGAUUGGUUUGUCUGACAGUGAUAAGGAGGGUAGAUGGAAAUGGGUUGAUGGCAGCUUACUGAACUCUAGCUUCUGGGGGCCUGGAGAACCCAACAGUUAUGGAGGUGAUGAAGACUGUGCUGAGUAUCGUUCAUCAUGGUGGAAUGACAUCCCAUGUUAUGAUAUUUUAAUAUGGAUUUGUGAGACAGAAUCUUAAAUCACACAGUAUAAUAAGGUGACAACAGACGGUUUCAUUUUGUUGUUCUAACUGCUUUUAAAAUCUACAAAAUAAAACAAAAAGAGCAGAAAAAUGCAGACAAGGCCUAUAAUGCCAUUUUUUAUUUUGCUUUGUUUGUUUUUGACAUUAGUUGUAUGCCGUGAUGGUAAUAACAGCAUUGUAAUUAAACAGCAUUACUAACAGCGUUGCAUUUAUCAGUAAUGAGUAAUCAAACCAAUUACUGUAUCCUCAUUGUAACGCCAUUACUAUUACUCAGUCCUCGUGCAGCAGUCUCUCCAAAUUGCACACAACAGCAACAACAGAGCGAUGGCUAGUACAACGAGCUCAAAGCGUAGCGUUCGCGUACACUGGAAGUAUAAUAUAAGCACUACUUUCCCUCGUUGAGAUGAACCACAGUAGCAGCACAGCAGUGAGUCAGCAGUGAUUCAGUUUAAACCACAAAAAAGAAGAAACAGAAAUUGUAUGUUUUGGGAAGACCAGGCGUGAAGGAAGUAAAUAAACAGCAACUUGUGUUGCAGUUUAAGUUAAAUCACUCCUCAACUUGGCCCAUUUUGUUCUCACCGUCGCAAACCGAAAUACCUAUGACUCAGUUUUUUAUAUCACAGUUACUAACUCAGUUACUACUUGUGAGAAGUAACAAUAACUAAUUACUUAUUAAAAUAACAUUCCCAACACUGGUUGAAUGUCAUAAUGAAAGCACAUGAUUUUGACAUGUAUGAGUUACUGUAUGCUUCUUUCUUGAAGCCCAUUCAAAUCUUGAUCUCAUAUCAGUUAUUUUUCGGUUUGCUCUUCACUGUAUUUUUCUAAUGUGUAUUCAAAGCCAAUAAACUGAAAUGCAAAUAAAAAUGAUCAGAUGGUUUGAACUGACUGUA